AUCGACGCGCUUCUGGACCUGAUGAGGCGGUUGCCACCACAGCACGUCCAACAGAACCUCGACAAGCUCGUCCAGCUCGCGGCUGAGGACGCGGAGGAGCUCGUCUCCAGUGUGGAUGUCCCUCUGAGGAUCGCGACGUGCAAGCAGACGGGGAAGACAUAUUUGUGCUGCGAUUACAACAAAGAUGGUGAUUCUCACCGUUCCCCACAUUCGAAUGAAUACGACCCCCCCCUGCCAGACGGCACCUUCCCCUCUGUCAAACUACGCAAACUCGAAGUCUCCGCCAACGAAGCGUUUGACACCUAUCGCGAGAUGUACUUCGAGGGCGGGAUCAGCAGUGUCUACCUCUGGGACACCGACCCGGGCGCGUUUGCCGGUGUAGUGCUAUUCAAGAAACGUGUGUUUCCAAGCCCCGACAGCUGGGACUCGAUCCACGUCUUCGAAGCGCUCGAAAAGGGCCGCAUGGCAAACUACAAGCUCACGAGCACGGUAAUGCUCACCAUCUCCGCCCCUGGUUCGGAGGAAGGCGUGGUCAGUCUGAGCGGGAGCAUGACCCGACAACAGGAGCAGGACUUGCCUAUCACCAGCAUCCAGACGCAUAUUGCUAAUACAGGGCGGAUGAUCGAGGAUAUGGAACUGAAGAUGCGGAACCAGCUUCAGGAUGUGUACUUUGGUAAGACGAGGGACGUCGUUGGGGAGCUGAGGAGCGCCGUGGGGGAUGAAGAGGAGCGUAGGCGGCGGGAUCUGGCAAAGGAGCUUCAAGGG